CUUUGAGGUUGGAAACGUCUAAUUUUAAGAGUCAAUUUUAUCGAAAAAUAAUUAAUUUACAUUAGUGGACACCCCCACAUGAUGUUUAAAUUUGGUUUUUCGAGCACCAUUCCGGAGGAGAGUGCACCAGAUUCGCCCAAACAAACCUUAAAUUGGCUCAAAAGUCACAAAAUUCGCCCCGAAACCGUCUCACUGCCUGACUUGGCCCCAAAUUCGCGUCGUUGUGGCCAAUUCGACGUUAAAUUCAUCUCAAAUAAGGCUGUUUUAAGUGUUUUGAAAGAUGGGGCCCCAAAUGCGGAAAAAAGCCACUCAGACUUAAUCCCCGCUGUCUACGAAGGGGGGCUAAAAGUCUGGGAAUGCACUUUCGACCUAGUGGAUUUCCUCGUCAGGGAAAACAUUGAUUUUGGGGGGAAAAAGGUGCUGGAUUUGGGGUGUGGGGCCGGUAUUGUCGGGAUUCUGGCAUGUCUCAAGGGGGCCAAGACAGUUUUUCAAGACUAUAAUUUGGAAGUGAUAAAAACGCUAACAAUUCCCAAUAUUCACUUAAAUGGGCUUGAUUGUGAUAAUUGUGAGUUUUUCUGCGGCGAUUGGGGCUCAUUUCUCGACUUGCAACUAACUGAGGAUAAAAAAUACGAUUUUAUUUUAACUUCUGAGACAAUUUAUAACACAAAUAAUUAUAAAAAAAUAUUGAGCAUCUUUAAACAGUUAUUGGAACCAAGUGGAAUGAUAUUUUUGGCCGCGAAAUGCCACUACUUUGGUGUGGGGGGCGGAGUCCCCCAAUUCGAAGACUUGCUAGACUUGGAAGACGUUUUUGACCACACGACGUGUUACCAAAGCCCUAGUGGCGUAAAACGGGCAAUAAUAAAAAUCACGUUUAAAAACUAAGGGGCUAGUCUUUCAUAAACCCACCCAUCGGCCCCCUCAUGGGUGAAAACCCCAUCAGCGGGCACCCCCUUUCUGAACCUGAUCCGGUCGUGGAUACGGUCAGUCUGCCCCUGCCAGAAUUCUAUGGUAUGGGGGCGCACAAUGUAGCCGCCCCAUUGUGGGGGCCGUGGGACUCCACCCUCGCCGUACAAACUCUUCAAUUCGUGUUCUUUGUGCGCGAGGAUGUCUCGACUCUCAAUUGGGUGGCUUUGGUUGGAGCAAAGGGCCCCAAUUUGGCUCUGGUAGGGCCGGCUUUGGAAAUAUUCGUCGGCGGCCGAAAAGGGCAGUUUUUCAACGGGGCCCUCGAUACGGACCUGGAAUUUUCACUUUGAUUAAUUAAUUAAACAAUUGAAAAUAAUUACAGAUCGGUUGCAAAACGCCCAAUAGAAUGUCAAAGCACAAUUCGGGUUCUCCUCCUAAUGAAAUAAUUAAUUAAUUAAGUGUGUUUAAUUUUGGUUAAUUACCAAUUCGCGGCCUUUGCGACUUGUGUAAUGGGUGAAAAAGCGGAAGCCUUCUUUACUGUAGCCUUUACAUAACACGAAUCGUGCUGAAGGAAUGCCAUUUCUGAAAAAAAAUAAUUAAUUAAUUAUUUCCUGAAAAAAAUUAUUAAUUACUUGGUUGCGGUUGAUAAACACAUAGCGUUUGGUUCUAUUACGGUUGGGUUAUUUCGCACAAUACUGAACCAUUUUUCGAAUAAAUGAAAUGGUUCCUUGACUUCGAUUUCGUCUUCCAGAAAUAAAUUGGUUCUGUCGU